GACUAUUACGCAUAAAGUCAUGCUACAGAUAGGAACGUGUGCGUAAAGAGGGCUAAAAUGUAUCCUCGGCGAGAAUAUCGAUAUAUCGACUAUCGAAAUCAUCACUAUAGCUGUUCAACCCAUCUUUAUUGUUUUCACACGAAUUCUCAGUUCAUGAAACUUGGCGAAGGCAGGAGGAUGUUACGUUUGUGUUUUUGAGGUUAAUCAAUUCAUUGAUUUUUAAUUUGCAGACUAUGGCUCCUGUCCAUAUGUUCCACAUACCGGUCAUAUGUUUACUAAUUUUGGUUGAAUCCAUCGAGUGUCAAUUAAAAAAGUUUCCUUUGCUGAUGCCAAAUGUGUACCCAGACAGGGAUGAACUGUACUUGUGUACGCCAGUCAGAGUUGUGGAUGAAAAAAGUUUCUAUAUUGUUGGCUUUGAGCCAAAUGCUACAAUGAAUGUUGCUCAUCAUAUACUAUUGUUUGGUUGUACCACACCUGGUACCACAGAUGAAGUUUGGGAUUGUGGUGAAAUGGCUAAAUCUGGAACUGAAAAGAAGUACAAGAGGGCCAGUCCAUGUGCUUCAGGGAAUCACGUCCUUUAUGCUUGGGCAAGGAAUGCAAAAACAUUAGAGUUACCAGAAGAUGUUGGCUUCCAAGUGGGUAAAGGCACUAGCAUACAGUAUAUUGUCCUGCAGAUACACUACUCCAAAAAAUUUGAAGAUAAUCGUAGAGAUAAUUCAGGAAUGUAUCUAGUAUACACUGAGGAACCCCAAUCAAAACUUGCCGGAGUUCUAUUAUUUGGAGUAGGAGGUUUGAUUCCCCCUAAAUCUGUAACGCAUAUGGAAACAGCUUGUCGUAUCAAUGAAAUGAAAAAAAUAUACCCAUUUGCUUAUAGAACUCAUACACACAGCUUAGGGCGUGUGGUAUCUGGUUAUGUGAUAAGAAAAGAUGAGACUGGGAAAGACCAUUGGACGUUGCUAGGGAAAAGAGAUCCAAUGACUCCACAGAUGUUCUAUGAAGUAUUUGACAAAAGCCCAGUAAUGUACGGAGACAGAAUGGCGGCCAGAUGUACUAUGGAUAGCUCUUCAAGAGGACGAAUCACAAAAGUUGGGCCUACAAAUGAGGACGAAAUGUGUAACUUCUAUCUGAUGUACUACGUCGAAAAUGACACACCACUAGAAAUGAAGUACUGCUUUUCUGAGGGUCCUCCGUAUUACAAGUGGAAUGAUGACGUCAGUAAUGACCUAAAUAGUAUCCCGGAUACCGAAGCAUCACUAUUGGACUAAACUGAACCACUUCUUGUCUUAAGAAGUUACAAGAAUCUCCUUAUAUAUAUUUUUGUUUAUACGCAUAUUUCACCUUGACAAUAGACCAGAAAAUAUUUACAUAAUAUUCAGAAAACAAAACAGUUACCUCAAUUAUUGUAAAGUUGUGGGAUCUUACUGUCCUAUUGUACAUUUUAAUUCAAGAACAAACGAUAUGAGGCCAUUAUUUUCCUCGAUUACAAUUAUUUUUUGGGCUUGUUGUGUAAUCACUUAACAGUGAUGGGUGCUAUUUAAAAGAGUUUCUAAGUCAAUUAACUUCUUAAGACAUCUACAAAACGACCAAAACAACCAUGUCAUAAAACAUUCAAAUAUUCGCAUAGUACUUAAAAAACAUGUAACUUAAUUUCUGCCUUACCUUCAUUGCUUUAUUCAUACUGCAGCCCUUCUAAUGUGCGAAAGAAAGAUAUAAAUGUCAUAAGUUAGGAUAUGUCUACUUAUAUUGGAAACUUGUUCUAACAUAUGACACUGACUAUCUUCCCAUACACGUUAGAUGGAUUGAUGAAGAAGUGAACGUGGUAUACGAGGGCGGCUCAAUAAGUUCCCGUAUUAGAAAUGAAGAGACCAUUUUUUCAAAAAAUAUUUUUUCUUAUUUUUAAUAUAGUCCCCUUUUAGAAAGAUACACUUUGCCCAACGUUCCUGGCAUUUUUUUAAUCCCUUCAAAAAAUAGGAUUUGGGCAAAAUUGUUUUCCCGCGAGCCAAUUCUUUAUGUUAGGGAACAAGAAAAAGUUACAGGGGGCCAGAUCGGGUGAAUACUGGUGCGGCAGCACUUCAUAUCGCAAUUCAUAUCCCAUCCAAAAACAAAAACAAACGAUACUGCUCUUUUUCCAUCUUAGCGAAAAUCACGAAACACGUGUUACUCGAAUGGCAGCCAAAUCCAAACUAACCUAUCAAUCAGUCUGAAAUUUGUUGUGUCGUCGUUUGAUAGAUGACAGGCCUCGAUUAUAACACCAACUUCCCUCAGGAACGCCCUCUGUCGUCCAACACGGGUACUUAUUGACAAGCCUCGUACAUUCCUUGUACUUAUACAUUCGUAACAAUGUACUUAAUUUUACUAUUACAACAUUCCAUCUUUGGCUGUCAAGCGCACUGACUUACAUGUACCUCUAACAAUAACCUUACUACGUACCGAACAUAUCAACAACAUUCCAUGUAAUCUGUAUACGAUUUUUCGGAUGAGAACAUCCGCAACAGCGAGUAUGUUUGUAAUAAUAUUUAUUUACUCCUCAAUCACUUGUGUGAAAAAUGUAUAAAUAAAUAUGAAGGAAGGGUCUAUAGAAGGCAUUGCCAGUACUUGGACUAUUAAUGUUGCGAUUGUGCAUAGAGUUAAAAAGCAAAUAAUGAUACAACUAAUCAACGAAUCAUUUGAUGCUUACAUUUAUUAUAAGUUUGUGUAUGUCUGGCAUUGCUAAAGAAAAUAUCAAUUAUUUUGAUUUGUUUUGGUAUUAUUCCUAAAGCGUAGUUUUUUAUAUUGUCAGGUAAAUUUACGUAUUAUUUUGAUCCUAAAUAAAUGUUGUCUGUUAUAGAUUUUCUAGGUCUAGGUAAUUUAUGUCUUGUAUGGUGAUUAUGUUUUGAUUUUUUGAUAGUUGCUAGUAAAUUUGUGAUAAUUGGUGAUAGCGUGUAAGAGGUAAGGUUGUUUCAUGUCAUAUACGUGAAUAUCUUUGUAUAACAGAGAAUGAAAAAAUGGGCGCUGGCGGGAUUCGAACCCGCAUCUCCUUCAUUCCAUGUAUCCGACUCAAGGAUCGACUGUUAGAGACAAAUCCAAUCCUACUCACUCCACUGUUCCUUUGUUCUCUCAAGCUGCUUGAUGCCUCAUCUGACGGUGUUUCACUUGAACGCCGCCAGAUGAAAUAUCAAGUACAGGGUGGCCGAUAUGUAACUGAGUAGUUUGUAUCUUGAAUAUUUGUGAAAUGAAAUAAAAUACGACCAUUUUUUUCAUCUUAAUAUUUUAUUGAAACUUAGAAAUUAUGUAUGAAAAAUAAUAUCAGACAAAUGUGCGCCUCUACAAGCCGCGCAAACCUGAGCCCUCUUGAUCACAUUUUUAUCACUUUUUGGUAGGUUUUGGGAUGAAUAUUUUCAAUCGCUUCCGUAUUUGGUUUGUUGGCAUAAACUAUAUUUUCCAAAAAUCCCCAUAAAAAAGUCAGGAGCCGUUAAAUCCGGUAACCUUGGUUGAUAUCACCAAACGUCCUGGAAAUGUUGUUUGCUGUGUGUCAAGUUGCUCCGUCCUGCUGGAACCACAUGUUUUGUAGGUUAAAUUGUUGGAUUUGAGGAGCCAGAAAGUAGGUAAGAAAAUUACCUGCAGCGUCUUCAAAGAAUGACACCUCCAUACCAAACACCGCACCAAACUGUGACUCGACAAGGAUGUAGUAGUCGUUGAUGGAUGACACGAGGGUUCUUUAAUGCCCAGAUCCGACAAUUCGGCUUAUUAACAAAUCCAUUCACAUCGAAGUGCGCUUCAUCGCUCAUCAUCAGUUGUCGGUAAAAAUCGUUAUUUUCGAUAUUAAGCUGCAAUAUUGCAUGACUAUUGUCGGCGACUGUAAUGGUCACCAGGCUGUAGUUCUUGGGUUGACUGAAUUUUGUAUGGCCGCAAAUGCAAUUGGUUUUUUAAAAUAGUUCAUAAUGACGUGCUACGAAUACCCAGUUCUUGACUGAUUAUUCAAGUAAAAUGUUUUGACAAUACGGACGCCUUGUUUAAAUCAGUCAGUUAUAUAUUGGUCACCCUGUAGGAUUGAAUUUGCCUCCAACAGUCGAUCUUGCAAAUUGGUUGGCAGCUGGCGCUGUAGGCCAAUUCGUUAGGUGGGAAUACUGCCGGCAGCCAUUUUUCCUUGCUCUCAAGUUGUUUACUGAAUUUACUCGCUGUUGCUUAUGUGCUCAAAAAUCGUAUAUAGGUGCCCAAAUAGCACAAACACGUAAAAAUGACGAUACAAACUGGUCUUGACAUGACGAGUUGAAUGACGUAAAAGUAAUGUGAAAACGUCAAUAAUAGUCACUUGCUGGACGUGAAGAUGAUGCCCCGUAUUUAUAAUAAAUAACCAGUUUCAGCUUCUUCAAAGAAUCAUAUACUGUUUGUUAUCAGUACUAUUACACAGACGGAUCAGUUUGGGCAACAAAUUGCAACACUGGCUCAGUGCUGCUCGUCUAGCACGCCAUGCCUACUUUUACAAGUUCACACGAGGUUUUGGAUAAGAACACUGCGAAUGUUGCCAUUUUUGCAUCCUAUGGGCUGUGUAAUACUACAGGUAACACUCGUGCAAGAGAAUUAAAGUUACGAUAGCCUGUAACUAUUUUCAAAGUGCCCAAUUUUUAUAUAGUUUUGUGAAUAUUUAGUACAUGGAAGUUGGAGCAAAGAAACGCAUGCCGUAGGCACCGAACACAAAUGGCGGGAGCACGGAAGGAAUAACGUUUAUUGGUUGACUGUAGCGACACCCAAUUGCCGACUAGCAAUUGUCACUCGAUACAACUUUUCCAGAUUAAACGAAAAAACAUUUUCAAGAAUACUUAGCACAUUGAAUAGCUAAAAUAUGGUACGUGUUUUUUGUUUUGUAUCUUCUAUCUAAAUGUAUUCAACAAUGUCAUUUUUUAUUUAUUUUGCACUCGCACUUAUUCUUAACACGUUCACGAUGACGUGUACCAAAUGUGGUACAUGACUGCUGAUCUCCACAGCCGUCGUGUACAUGUGGUACACAGUGGCUCUUUACAUUUUAAUCCUAUUUUGAAACACCCCGGCUGCAUAAGAAGUUUGGAAAAGAAAUUACGGCUGAACAUAAAGGUGGUACAUGACCGUGGUACAUUUUCAGCUCUAAGUCCGUAAGUUAUAUAAUUAUUUUUGACUAACUACUAAAUAAACUGGAUUUUAGAAAUAUUUUCAAUAUAAUUUUAUGCAAGCAACCUUAUUUUUUUACAGGGUUCAAAAAAAAACAGCUAAAACCUGACUUAUAAAAACCUCUCAAAACAGAAAAAAGCCAAAACUAGAAAGAACUUCUUGAAAUUAAAAAAACAUGAAAAUCUCAAAAUUAUUAGAAAACUAGGGUUCCAGAAUGUUUUUAGUUAAAACAGUGGCGGUCUUAGCUUUUGCUUUUGCUUCUUUUGACCCUCUUUCUCUUUGUAAUUUGUCGUGACCGGAAGUACACCGUUUUCUAUUGUUUCGAGCAUUACCUUCAAUUUUCUUUAUUUAAUGACUAGAUUUUUUAUUUUUGAUCAAUAUUGUUUUAUAUACAUAUGUUUUAUGUUUUUUCUCUUAUUUUUUAUUGUUUUUGGUCAUAUACCAUCGGUGGUACACGACCUCCCUGAACAACAAAUAUAUGUCACAGCCAUCGGGUACUACCGGUGGUACUUGAGUUAAAACAAGAAAAAAAACCUAAAACAUGUGUAUAUAAAAAAUUAUUGAUCACAGAUACAAAAAUAUUCACAUGUUACACAAAAAAAUAUUACGGCUUUGCUUUAACAACACAUCCGAAAUCGGCUGCGUCGCGAACGUGUUAAAAUUCAUUAAGUAUUAUGUAUUAAAAUGCUAGAAAUAUAAAAGAGAAAUGUAACAUCAUGGUAACGCUUGGCAAGACCUUAAUAAUUGGUCAUUUUAUAUGAGUUGCUUUGGGUGAACGUUGAUCAGCCAUGAAAUGAGAUGAUUAUUUUUACUGCCCACUGAAUUCAUUCGUUUGGAAUCGAAAAGAUUGAUUAUAAAUUAACAAAAUACGUACAUAUAAAAAUAUAUACAAUUAUACAACAUAUCAGAAUAACGUCCAUUAUGACGUGCUUGUGCUAGCUGGGUUACUGUCCUCGCACGGUGGUACCGUGGUGUAACUAAAAAGCGAUUGGGGAUACCUUUCCAAUCCGAUUUGUUUCACUGAACGCCACCAAAUGGGGCACCAAGCACCUUGAAAGAACAAAGGAACAGUGGCGUGGGUAGGAGUGAAUUUGCCUCUAACACUCGAUCCUGAAAAUUGGUUUGCAGCUGGUGUUGUAGACCAAUUGGUUUGUUGGAGUGGAGGAGAUGCGAAUUCGAAUCCUACCGGCGUCCAUUUUUCCUUUCUCUCAAGUUGUUGUUUACUGAACAUUCCAUGGCUCUGAUAUUUUGUAAACUAGUGUAAUAACUGAUUUUUCUGUAUUUCGUUAUGUACUUAAACAGGUGUCAUUUGCGCGGGCCGAACAUAAUUUUAUUUUGUUGAUUCAGGAAAAAAUAUCCAUAUCAGUGUAGACUGUACAUCACAUAAAUAUAAUGUAUAUGCGUUGAUAAGCUGAAAUUAUAUAUUGAAAUUAAAUAAACAGUAUUGGAAAUAGAUCACAUCUAUUUUGACAUUAAGUAGUUGAUUAUUUUUAUUGUCAGCAGUUUAGCAAAUUUUUAUUAUGCAUAUAUAUUUUAUUGAAAUAUAUAUAAAAUUAUAUUUUUAUUUUAAAUAAAGUGUGAAAAUGCA